AUGAACGAGUUCCGGGUUGAACGGGUAAUUGGAGGGACAUUGGAGACACUUGUUGCACAUCUCCCGUUUGUGGAUCAGUCUCACCUUAGCAUCCGACGACCGUGCGUGCACGUCCAAUUGGAACAGGAAGACAUAAACAAUGACAAGGUAUCUGCACUGGGACUGUAUCGUCCCAUCGUGACUUCAGAUACGAGGAGGCGAGCGAUCCCACGUGGACCGUGGUUGCGGUGCUACCGUCUGUAG